CAUCGAGUGAAAGAGAAGAACAUUGAUUCCUCUGUGCCAGAAACAGAGACAAAGAAAUGGUUCCUUGGAACUCAUUUCCAUUAGAAGUGACUUACCAAGUAUUUGGUUGGUUAGCUUUUCUUUCAUGGGCAGUUGCUGGCUACCCACAACUCAUCUUGAAUUUUCGUAGGAAAAGUGUGGUGGGAUUAAGUUUGGAUUUUCAGAUUCUGAGCUUAACCAAGCACUGUACAUAUCUCAUAUACAAUGCUUCCCUCUUCUUUAGCCCUGUUGUUCAGAAACAGUAUUUUGAGAAGUAUGGUUAUGAACAGAUGAUUCCUGUUGCAGCUAACGAUGUUGCUUUCUCUAGUCAUGCAGUCAUAUUACAUCUAAUUAUAAUUUGCCAAUUUGCUAUGUUUGAACGUGGAAAUCAGAAAUUCUCCAUCUAUACCAUUGCAGUAGCUGUUGCAGUGUGGUUUAGUGCUGCUGUUUGCUUUUUCAUUGCAUUGCCGAGCCAAUCUUGGCUUUGGCUAGUUUCCAUCUUCAACAUAAUUCAAGCAAUUAUGACCCUCAUCAAAUACUUUCCCCAGACACUCCUGAACUUUUUGAGGAAAAGCACAGAUGGAUUUAGCAUUGGAACUGUUCUACUUGAUUUUUCUGGAGGUGUAUUUAAUUAUUCACAAAUGGCUGUGCAGUCCAUAGACCAAGGUUCCUGGGUGAACUUCUAUGGAAACAUUGGGAAAGUACUUAUAUCCUUGGUAACAAUAUCCUAUGAUUCUAUCUUAAUGUGUCAGCAUUAUGUAGUGUACCCUGAUAACAAGAAAGGGCUUCCUUCUAAAAAUUCUGAAGAAAUCAAACAACCACUGAUCUGGGAAAGUCCAAAAAGUCAAAGAGAGAAAUAA